AUGUUGAUGCAGGUCAACAAUAACGGUGUCAUCUCGUUCUUGGCGGCAGUUAGUCAAUUUAACUCAUAUUCGUUUCCAGUCGCUGAUGGCCGACCCAUUAUAACCCCAUUCUGGGCUGAUGUUGACACGCGUAAGGGCGGGACUCUAUCCUAUCGAGAAGUCUUACGAUUUGCCCAAGACGACGGCAUAUUCCUCGCAGCUGAUGAUAUCAUAAGAGCAUCAUUUGUUGACAUGAAAUUUUUUUUGUCGUCAUGGAUGUUCAUCGCGACCUGGGACAGCGUUGCUUUCUAUGGUGCUUCUAAUCAAUCCGCGGCGAGAAAUUCCUUUCAAGCUGUUAUGAUGACAGAUGGCCGAUACUCCUUCGCCAUCUUUAAUUACCGUGAUAUCAACUGGGCAGCAGGAGGAAGUAGUAGCCCAGCUCAGGUUGGAUUCAACGCUGGUGACGGAGUGAACUACUAUAGUGUCCCUGGAUCUCGAACAGCUGCCGUCGUCGAUAUUGAAACGACAUCGAACAUCGGUGUAUCUGGAAGAUGGGUGUUCAGAACAGACAACUCCAACAUUAAAGGACUAGCAUCUACAACCUCCGGUGUGUAA